ACGCGGCCGCCCCCGGCCCCGCCCUCGCCCCGGCGCUCCGGCCCAAGAUGGCGGCGCUGAGCAGCGGCGGCAGCGCUGAGGGGGCCUCGCUCUUCAACGGGGACAUGGAGCCCGAGCCGCCCGCGCUCGCCGCCGGCUACGCGGGGGGCGGCAGCGGGGACCCGGCCAUCCCGGAGGAGGUAUGGAACAUCAAACAGAUGAUUAAAUUGACACAAGAACAUAUAGAGGCACUGCUAGACAAAUUUGGAGGAGAGCAUAACCCACCAUCAAUAUAUUUAGAGGCCUAUGAAGAAUACACCAGCAAGCUCGAUGCUCUUCAACAGAGGGAACAGCAGUUACUGGAAUCCAUGGGCAAUGGAACUGAUUUCUCUGUCUCCAGUUCAGCUUCAACAGACACAGUUGCAUCAUCUUCCUCCUCUAGCCUCUCUGUAGCACCUUCAUCCCUUUCAGUUUAUCAAAACCCUGCUGAUAUGUCACGGAAUAACCCUAAGUCUCCACAGAAGCCUAUUGUUAGAGUCUUCCUGCCCAACAAGCAAAGGACUGUGGUUCCAGCAAGAUGUGGAGUGACAGUCCGAGACAGCCUAAAAAAAGCGCUGAUGAUGAGAGGUCUUAUUCCAGAAUGCUGUGCUGUUUACAGAAUACAAGAUGGAGAGAAGAAGCCAAUUGGCUGGGACACAGACAUUUCCUGGCUCACRGGAGAGGAGUUGCAUGUGGAAGUUUUGGAGAAUGUGCCACUCACAACACACAAUUUCGUACGAAAAACGUUCUUCACGUUAGCGUUCUGCGACUUCUGUCGAAAGCUGCUUUUCCAGGGAUUCCGGUGCCAGACCUGUGGCUACAAAUUUCACCAGCGCUGUAGUACAGAAGUGCCACUGAUGUGUGUUAAUUAUGACCAACUUGAUUUGCUGUUUGUCUCCAAGUUCUUUGAACAUCACCCCAUACCACCGGAGGAGGCCUCCUUAGGAGAGACCACCCCAGCAUCUGGAUCAUACCCCUCAGUGCCCCCCUCAGAUUCUGUUGGACCAYCAAUUCUCCCUAGUCCUUCUCCUUCAAAAUCCAUUCCAAUCCCACAGCCCCUCCGACCAGCAGAUGAAGAUCAUCGGAAUCAAUUUGGGCAACGCGACCGAUCCUCUUCAGCUCCCAACGUCCACAUCAAUACAAUCGAGCCAGUCAAUAUUGAUGACUUGAUUAGAGACCAGAGUUUACGAGGAGAGGGAGGCUCAGCUGCAGGUUUGUCUGCAACACCUCCUGCUUCUUUGCCCGGGUCACUAACCAAUGUGAAAGCGUUACAGAAAUCACCAGGACCCCAACGGGAAAGGAAAUCAUCCUCAUCCUCAGAAGACAGAAACAGAAUGAAAACUCUUGGUCGACGGGAUUCAAGUGAUGAUUGGGAGAUACCAGAUGGACAGAUCACAGUUGGACAAAGAAUAGGAUCAGGAUCAUUUGGAACAGUCUACAAAGGAAAGUGGCAUGGUGAUGUGGCAGUGAAAAUGUUGAAUGUUACGGCACCCACACCUCAACAGUUACAGGCUUUCAAAAAUGAAGUAGGAGUGCUCAGGAAAACACGACAUGUGAAUAUCCUGCUUUUCAUGGGUUAUUCAACAAAACCCCAGUUGGCUAUUGUUACACAAUGGUGUGAAGGGUCCAGCUUGUAUCACCAUCUACACAUCAUUGAGACCAAAUUUGAAAUGAUCAAGCUAAUUGAUAUUGCACGACAGACUGCACAAGGCAUGGAUUAUUUGCAUGCCAAGUCAAUCAUCCACAGAGACCUCAAGAGUAAUAAUAUUUUUCUUCAUGAAGACCUCACAGUAAAAAUAGGUGAUUUUGGUCUAGCUACAGUGAAAUCACGAUGGAGUGGAUCCCAACAGUUUGAACAGUUGUCUGGCUCCAUUCUAUGGAUGGCGCCAGAAGUUAUUAGGAUGCAAGAUAAAAACCCGUAUAGCUUUCAGUCAGAUGUGUAUGCAUUUGGGAUUGUUCUCUAUGAACUGAUGACUGGACAGUUGCCAUACUCCAACAUCAACAACAGGGACCAGAUAAUUUUUAUGGUGGGACGAGGAUACCUAUCUCCAGACCUCAGCAAAGUACGGAGCAACUGUCCAAAAGCUAUGAAAAGACUAAUGGCAGAAUGCUUAAAAAAGAAAAGAGAUGAGAGACCCCUUUUUCCACAGAUUCUUGCCUCCAUUGAGCUUCUGGCCCGGUCAUUGCCAAAAAUUCACCGCAGUGCAUCUGAGCCCUCAUUGAACCGGGCUGGCUUCCAGACAGAGGAUUUUAGUCURUAUGCUUGUGCUUCUCCAAAAACACCCAUCCAAGCAGGGGGAUACGGAGAAUUUGCAGCGUUCAAGUAGCCACAGCACCAUGGCAGCACCCACUCUGUUAUUUAAGUCUUGUGUUCUUACAGUUUCUUAACAUCCAAACUUCCAUUCUGCUCCGCAAAACCUAAAGUAAUUUAGAAAAAAUAUCCUUAAGCUCAAAAGUGGAGCAGAAUGGAACUGCCAGUCCAACACAAUGGGAAAAAAAGAACCUUUUUGGGAACCAGAGUCCUCUGCUGCCAGUGUUUGUCCUUCAACACAAACCAGCACGUGCAUUCGGAGACCCGCAGUGGCUGCCUGUGCCUGGCAUCAUUCCCCGGAGAGAGGAGAGGGCACUCGUGUGGGACUGUGCUGCUCGGGCCUGAGGGGAUGGAGCUGCUGCUGCUGCUGCUGCUGCUGCAACUUAGGAGACUUGCUUUGGAUGGUCUGCCGGUCAGCUUUCUCCCUCUAACUGUAACCAUCAGAGGCUCAACAUCUGAUGAGUGCUAAUUUCAACGGAUCGUUUACCAUUCUUGUCCUUUUUUUUCCUGGUGUACUUACUGAUUUAUGGACAUCGCAGUAUCCCCUUUUCACYGUAUUGCAGUGUCAGACACUUCCAUCUGUCUAUACUGCUGGGAUUUUCCAUUAAAAUUAAAACUGUGGGGCUGUGGGAGAUGGAGGUGUUAUUCUGAAGGCAGAGAGAUUCGUCUGAAGGAAAAGGGGAUGCUGCCACACCUUUUUUUCAGAUUUACUUUACCAUUUCUUAAAAAGAACAAACAACAACCACCAUCCUUAUCCUUUUUCCUUUUCCGAUAUUUUCUUGGUAUGUGCAUAUACAACAUCUUUGUGAAGGAUUAGGUCGAUCCUUCUUUUGUUGGUCCAGCAACAAACUGAAGUUUAAAAAAAAUGUAGCGAGAUUGUCCUGUCUUUUAUUUUCUUUGUAUCAUAUGAUACAAUGUAUUUAUCAAAGAUGCUACUGCAGCAUCUGAAGUCUGUAGAAAUCCCAAUACAGACUGAGUGGUGUAUGUACCUACUUUAAAAGUUUUAUUUUAAACGAGGGUGCAGGUUAAUGCCAGGUACCUUACCAAUAUGUAAUGUUUUCAUAAAUGAGGAAAAAAGUUCUCAGGUUGAAUUGAAUACAAAUACAAGCUCCCCCUAGAAUUAGACAUUCCAAAAAUUAUGUUUUGGUACUUUCAAGAGCUUUUUUUAAAGGAUUUUUAUCCUGUUAACUAAACGUCCUCUGAUAAGUGUAUGUGUAAACGUGGAGCAUCUUGUCCUAAUGGCAAGUUGUCAGAUCAAAACGGUACUUGCUGGAUCCACGCUGACUACUCCUCACUGCUUUCCUCCCUGUCAUCUCUUCCCAUCUGUUUGUCUUUCCCUUUCUGUACGUUUUGCAAWCUAGGAUGAAGGUGGCGGUAUCUCCAUUAGAGUGCUUUGUUUUCCUGUCCUCCAGUCSUGGUUUUCAAAUGGUUAGUAGCUUUCUGACAAGUUACCCAGUCAGGGGGAAAAAAAGGCAACUCAUAAAGUUCUGCACAUCAUUUACCUCUUGUAGAAUAUCUCGUGAUGUGAUCUGUUUGCAGAGUUCUCUGGUAUGUGGUAUUACCUGUAAAUUAUUUGUACAGAGGCAA